UUUUGAUAGGGUAUAUAUAUCGCAGACAUGAAUAAAUUUUUGGUGUAUCGCGUUACCAAGAUCUAACAAAGGAAUUAAUUCCGUUUACGAGAUGAAUCGUUGGAUACUUGUAUUUGCGGCGUUAGCUACUUUAGCUUCGGCUGCCGACUUGGAAAAAAAGAUCGUAUGCUACUUUGGUAGUUGGUCCGUUUAUCGACCUCCUGGUGGAAAAUUUGACAUUUCUUAUAUUCAACCAAAUCUUUGUACCCAUAUGAUCUAUACUUUUGUCGGAAUCAGUACGGAAGGCGAUGUCCGGGUUUUGGACUCGUGGCAAGAUCUUCCUGACAAUUGGGGCAAGGACGGCUUUGGCAGAUUUAAUAAACUUCGCGAACAGAGCCCAGAAACUAAAACGCUCAUCGCGAUCGGUGGAUGGAACGAGGGAUCCGCUAAAUACUCCGCUGUCGUCAGUAAUCCAACUAUUCGUACAAAAUUUGUCAAGAACGUUGUAAACUUUGUCAAGAAACACAAUUUUGAUGGUUUUGAUGUCGAUUGGGAAUACCCGAACCAACGUGGUGGAAAACCGGAGGAUGUGCAAAACUAUAUAAGUCUACUCAAGGAACUCAGAACUGAAUUUGAUAAACAUGGACUGCUUCUUACUGCUGCUGUUGCUGCUGCUGAGCCUUCCGCGUCUCAGUCUUAUGAUAUCCCUGCAAUGUCCAAGUACUUACAUUUUAUCAACAUUAUGGCAUACGAUCUGCAUGGUGCCUGGGAGAAAAUAACUGGUCAUAAUGCUCCGCUUUACCCACGUAAAGACGAAUCUGGAAACGAUCUUAAACUUAAUGUCGACGCAUGCGUACACUAUUGGUUAGAUAAGGGUUGUCCACCUGAGAAACUGGUUCUUGGAGUGCCACUCUACGGUAGAAGCUUUACUCUCGCCGACAAGAAUCAAAACGGUCUUGGAGCCCCUACUACCGGACCUGGUACUGCCGGACCAUAUACUCGUGAAGGUGGAAUGCUCGGAUAUAAUGAAAUUUGUGAAUUCUUUAAGCAAGGUGGCUGGACCGUUGUUCGUCAAGAAGAACAUCGUGCUCCGUAUGCUUAUAAAGGCGAUCAAUGGGUUGGCUAUGACGAUGUAACUUCUCUUACCGAAAAGACCGCUUACAUCAACUCUUUGGGUCUUGGUGGCGCGAUGUUGUGGAGUAUCGAGACUGAUGACUUUUUCGGAAAUUGUGGUGAAAAGUAUCCUCUCUUAAAAACAUUGAAUGCCGGACUGAGGGGAAGUAUCCCAGUAGAACCACCCAAGCCGACAGAGCAACCUCCUCAAACGACAGAAUCAUCGCAAACACCGCAACCACCUGUAACUGCGCCUCCCACGGAUAUUUGCAAGAAAGACGGCUAUGUCCGCGAUGAACAAGAUUGCAGCAUAUUUUACUUAUGCCAUAAUGUUAACGGUGUAUACAAAGUAGAAAAAUUUAAUUGCUCAAGUGGAUUAGCCUUCGAUCCAGAAAUCAAUGGUUGUAAUUACAAACAUCUCGUUCCUGGCUGCAAUUAAUUAUAAUGGAUGAUAAAUGAUGUCAAUAAUAAUAUUAUACUCUUUUAGAAUA